AUGUCAUUCAAAUUUAUGCAAAUAACUGUCAAAAAGAAUAAUAUUUAUUUUAGAAAAGGCACAUGGCCCAUAGAUGAACAAGGUCAUUCAUUGAAAACAAAUUUCUUAGUUCUUGAUUGGACAGGAUUUUUUGGUUCAACAGCUAGUGAAGGUGAACAUGUACGAUGUCCUUCAUCAAAUACAACAUUUAUUUGGACACGUCAACAAAAUCGAAUUGAUGAAGUUGAUUUUAUUAUUUCACAUGGUGCUAGUGAAGCCAUUCCAUUUGAUCGUUUACAGCUGAAUAAUGAUAAACAACAAUAUACAAUGGCAUUUAUUAUGGAAAGUGAAGUACAUUCAGGAACAGGUGAUGGUUGGGCAAGAUUUAAUUUUAAAAUGACAUAUAAUCUUGAUGAUAGUUAUCCUGAACCAGCAACUUAUUUUGAUAUGAAUCCAUAUAUAAUUGAUUUACUUACACCACCAAUUAUACCUUUUGAAGAUAAAGAAAAACAAGCUGAUAUUGUUUGGAUUAUUUCAAAUUGUCAUACAAUUAAUGGAACUCUCACAAUUAUCAAAAUUUGA